GAGGAGAACACGGUGUUGGGGGGAAGGAAAUACAGUACCUAUUUCAUUGGCAGAGGUUGAUCUGGCUAGAGUAAACGCCAACCGGCCCCGUUUUCGUACCGAUAAUGUUAUCAUAUGGCCGAGUAGGACUGCGGGAUGGUUGAUACGUAGGGGGAGGAGCUCAAGGUGGGGACGCACCCUUUACUUUUGUUUCCUGUCCAAAUUCCGGUGCGGAAUCCAUCUUGCCGCUUGUUUUCUAUUCAUCUCUCUCUCUCUACCUCCUUCACCUUCUUUUCUUCGCUUCCCUCUUGCUCUCAUCAUCCAUCUCCCCUCCGUCUUGACAAACAUCCUCACAUUUUCACCUGUCACACACACCUGCUGCAUUCACCACACCACUAUCUUUCACCACUACCCGCAGCGGGAGAUUAAAAAAAAGGAAAAAGACCGAAAAAAAAAGAAGGAACCUAUCUCUGCGGGCUUUCUUUCUACCCAUCUCUUAUAAUUCAGCCUUUUUGUUGCUGCAUAUUGCCCUGUCAAUUUUUGCUGUUUUUUCUGGUGGCUGCUUGGUACUUUCUUUUAGAAGAAAAAAGAAAAGAAAAAAAGAGCAGCGAGAAGUCAUUGAGAACACUCACGGUACGAAAUGUCUGAGGCACCGGAAGGCAGAAGAGAUGUCAAGAACCACCUUCUGUUCGAGAUUUCUACAGAGGUUGCAAACCGGGUUGGCGGUAUCUAUUCCGUCAUAAAGUCUAAAGCGCCAAUCACUACUGCUGAGUAUGGCGAGCGUUACUGCCUUAUCGGCCCCCUCAACCGUACUUCUGCUGCGGUUGAAGUUGAAGCUCUUGAGCCGACCAAUCCGGCACUAAAGGCCACCCUCGCUGCUAUGAGUGAUCGAGGAAUUCAAUGGCUGUACGGUAGAUGGCUUAUUGACGGUGCCCCAAGGGUGCUUCUUUUUGAUACAGGUACUGGGUAUAAGCACUUGGACGAAUGGAAGGGGGAUCUGUGGAGUACAGCCGGGAUCCCAUGCCCACCGGGCGAUGCCGAGACCAAUGAGGCUGUCGUGUUUGGCUACCUAGUUGCCUGGUUCCUUGGAGAGUUCGUCAGCCACGAGCAAUCCCGUGCAGUUAUUGCGCAUUUCCAUGAGUGGCUCGCCGGUGUGGCUCUCCCCCUUUGCCGCAAGCGAAGAAUUGAUGUUACAACUAUCUUCACAACUCACGCUACACUGCUCGGAAGAUACUUGUGCGCUGGAUCCGUUGAUUUCUACAACAACCUUCAGUAUUUCGAUGUGGAUGCUGAAGCGGGCAAGAGAGGGAUCUACCACCGUUACUGUAUCGAGCGUGCAGCAACCCAUUCUUGUGAUGUCUUCACUACAGUUUCUCAUAUCACGGCUUACGAGAGCGAGCACCUGCUCAAACGCAAACCGGAUGGCGUUUUGCCCAAUGGAUUGAACGUUGUAAAGUUUUCGGCGAUGCACGAGUUUCAAAAUCUCCAUGCCCAGUCCAAGGAAAAGAUUCAUGAUUUUAUAAGGGGUCAUUUUUAUGGUCAUAACGAUUUUGAUCUAGAAAAUACUCUCUACUUCUUCACAGCAGGGCGUUAUGAGUAUCGCAAUAAGGGGGUUGACAUGUUCAUUGAAUCGCUAGCUCGGUUGAACCACCGUCUGAAGAUCUCUGGGUCAAAGACCACCGUCGUUGCAUUCAUUAUCAUGCCGGCUCAGACACACUCUCUAACUGUUGAAGCUUUGAAAGGCCAGGCUGUUAUCAAAGCACUGCGGGACACUGUGGAUAACAUUGAGAAAGGGAUUGGGAAGAGGCUGUUUGAGCGUGCGUUGAGGUGGCAUGAUGGAGAACAAGUUCCGGCUGAGAAGGACCUCAUGAGCAAUCAAGAAAAAGUCAUGCUGAAACGGCGAGUGUAUGCUCUGAAGCGAAAUGCUCUUCCACCGAUUGUCACGCACAACAUGAUUGAUGACCAAGCCGACCCUAUUCUUAACCAAAUCCGGAGGGUACAACUGUUCAACCAUCCCUCCGAUCGAGUUAAGAUCGUUUUCCAUCCCGAGUUUUUGAAUUCAUCGAACCCCGUUUUGUCGCUUGACUACGAUGACUUUGUUCGCGGGACCCAUCUUGGAGUUUUUGCAUCCUACUACGAACCUUGGGGUUAUACUCCUGCCGAAUGCACUGUCAUGGGUGUACCGUCGAUCACGACCAAUCUUUCUGGUUUUGGGUGCUACAUGGAAGAAUUGAUCGAAAAUGCAUCUGACUAUGGUAUCUACAUUGUGGACCGCCGAAUGAAGGGAGUCGAUGACAGCGUCAACCAGCUUUGCCAGUUCAUGUACGAUUUUACUGUUAAAAGCAGGAGGCAGAGGAUCAACCAAAGGAAUAGAACUGAGCGAUUAAGUGAUCUCUUGGACUGGAAGAGGAUGGGCAUGGAAUAUGUUAAGGCAAGGCAAUUAGCCUUGAGAAGAGCCUACCCCGGUUCGUUCGAUUCUAAGGAACCAUUCCCAUUCUUCGACGGUACGGAACAAAAGGUUUCACGUCCCUUGUCUGCUCCUGGCUCCCCAAGAGACCGCUCCGGCAUGAUGACCCCUGGAGAUUUCCCGUCAUUGCAGGAAGGAAUGGAAGGAUUGAAUACAGAUGAUUACGUUGGUUGGAGAUUGCCCGAGGAGGAGGAUCCUGAUGAUUAUCACUUCCCCUUGACCCUCAGAGCACCUCUUACCAAGAGACAACAGCCAUCUGUUAAUGGCGAACAUAACAGCUAGGAUGGGGAACACCCUGGCGCACCGUUUGGGGGUGGCGAAGCAGAGUGAGCAAUGAACCUAAAAAAGAAAGGCAGGUUGGCACUCAAGAAUACCGCCUUUUACUGCACUGUUUCUAUGGGUAUUGGCCGAGGCGGGUUGAGGAAAGUGAUGCCAUUCCGUAUAAUUGUAUUUCUAGUGAUCAAAUGUUUCGUUUGUCAGAUACUUCAUUGUUUGAUAUCGGACUUCUUUUUUUUCCUUUUUUUUCCCUUUCUUUCCAUGAUUUCUUCCCUAAAAAAGACCACUAGAUGAACUACUGUUGGUAGCUAGCAAGCGCGAGUGGGUCUGUGGAUUGCAGUGGAUGAGGAAGGAUGAUGGUCGAACCAUGGUAUGAUACCUU